UAUUCCUUAUCAUAUCAUAUUGUUAAGUAAGCAUUGUGGCCAUCUACGAGCCCCUGGCGUGAUUGUUUUUUCUCCUUAGCAGCGGAUUUCUAAUUCUGUGUGUAGUUCACUAUGAGCCCCGCACGUAAGGUUAAGAUUGUGAAGAAGCGAACUGUGUCUUUCCCCCGUUUCCAGGCGGACAAGUUCAAAAGAAUGAACCAGCACUGGAGAAAGCCCAAGGGUAUUGAUGGUCGCUGCAGACGUCGCUUCCGUGGUGCUACCUUGAUGCCCAAUAUUGGUUACGGUUCGGAUGCCAAGACCCGCAACAUGCUCCCCUGCGGACUGUACAAGUUCACCGUCUCGAACGUGAAGGACCUGGAGCUGCUCAUGAUGCACAACGAGAAGUACUGUGCUGAGAUCGCUCACAGCGUCUCUUCUCGCAAGAGAAUGGAGAUUGUCAAGCGUGCUAAGGAGCUGUCCAUCCGUGUGAUCAACGCUAAGGCUCGCAUUGCCAAGGUCGAGGCUGAGGCUGAAUAAAUCUUGGUAUCGAAAAGGAAUAUUUCUUUU